AAGAAGACGACAUAGUUUGUUUGUUUUGUUUGAGAGAAUUGAGAGGUGGUGGUGGUGGUGAUCAUGAUAAGCAGGAAGGGCUUGGUGUUUAAUUACAGCGGUGGCGGGGGCGGUGGCGGAGGCUCAUAUGAUUGGUGGAAUCAGGAUCAGAAACAAUGGGAGAGUAGCGGCGGCGGCAGCAGCAGCACUUACUAUAUCUUGUGUGCUUCUUAUGGAUUGGUUUCCCUUGUUGCACUGGUACAACUUGGGCGCAUUCAGUUAAGAGUGCCAGAAUAUGGGUGGACGAUACAAAAGGUUUUCCAUUUGAUGAACUUUCUAGUGAAUGGAUUGAGGGCUCUCCUAUUUGGUGUCUACAAGGCUGUCUUCCUUAUUAAACCUAAGGCUCUUGAAAUGCUGCUUUUUAUGGAUCUUCCUGGACUUCUAUUUUUUUCCACGUAUACGUUACUUGUCUUAUUUUGGGCUGAGAUCUAUCACCAGGCCAGAAGUCUUCCGACAGAUAAACUUAGACCUGCAUAUUAUGUUAUAAACGGUUUUGUAUACUUCACACAGGUGUGCAUUUGGAUUUUGUUGUGGUUAAGCAGAAGUCCUGUUGCCGUAGAAGUUGCUAGACUCUUCUUUUCAGUUAUUUCAUUCUGUACUGCUCUGGGAUUCUUGAUAUAUGGUGGAAGGCAAGCACUUUUGUCAGCUCAGGGAAAGCACCCGAGUUUUUCGUAUUUUUUAUUCUUCUUUUAAUAAAAACAAGUGUUUACUUUGACGUGUUUAUGACUUUAGGUUGUUUAUCAUGCUAAGGCACUUCCCCAUUGAGUCAAGAGGACGUCAAAAAAAGCUAGAGGAGGUUGGAUGGGUCACAGGCAUUUGCUGCACAUGUUUCUUGAUAAGAUGCAUUGUGCUCGCGGUUUCUGCAUUUGACAAAGAUGCAGAUGUCGAUGUCAUUGGUCAUCCCAUCCUCAACCUUGUUUAUUACAUGGCAAGUUUUAAAUCCUGAACUUGUGAACAGGAAGGACCGAAACCUCAAUGGACAACUUGUGUUUUUGACUGCUUGUUAUAUAAGCGCUUUUAUUUAUGAUGUAAAUUACUUUCACUUCUGUUGGCAGUCGGCGGAGAUUGUUCCAUCGGCUUUGGUGCUUUUCAUCCUCCGAAAGCUGCCCCCGAGGCGUGUUUCUGAUCAAUACCAACCCAUAAGUUGAAAGCUCCAUUUGCCUUUUGAGCCAAUAUUGAAAAUGAAUUUGUUGGAUGAUUCUGUGACCUGCUUCGGUUCAAUUAUACAUGUAUAUUCUUUACUUAAUAUCUCUCCUGUAUAUUCUUUUUUCUAGC